AUGCUUAAUACUCUCUUUCGACACUUCAUAAUCUCCGCCGUGCUGAUGGCGGUUCUGCUUUUCUCCGCCGCUAACGCCGGAGGAGACGAGUUCAGCUGGAUGCCAGUGAAACCACGGUGCAAUGGAUCCAUAGCAGAUUGCAUUGACGCCGAAGGUGAAUUCGAAAUGGAUUCCGAAAGCAAUCGGCGCAUUCUAGCAACCACCAAGUACAUUAGCUAUGGCGCGCUGCAAGCCAAUAAUAUACCAUGCUCGAGGAGAGCGCGCAGCAUGAUGUUGACGGCAGGUGGUGCCCAAGCUAACCCCUACACCCGGGGGUGCUCCGCCAUCACGCGGUGCCGGAGUUAG